UAUUUUCUUUUUCUUUUAUUGUGUGUAUACCUUUUUUUCUUUGUAUUUUAAGAGGGAGGUGUGAGAUUGACAGACAGAUCCCACCGAAAUAAAUUACUAACAAAUUCACUACACCCUCCAUCUUCAUAAAAACCCACAGAAUUCACCAAUCUUUUUUGUUGUUUGAUUUAUUUUUAUCUAUAAUAAUAAUAAUAAUUUCAGCUUAUAAUUGCUUUCACAGAAGAAGAAGCUAGUAGAAAAGGGGUGACUCCUCUUUUCUUUUAGAAAAGAUGCUUGGUGUUUCUUCAAGCUUAAUAGCUAGUAGUACUACUAGUACUGCAGGUGAUGGAGCUGCCAUUUCGGCAGCUCCACCAACACAAGAAGCUCCGGAAAGUGGAGGAAGUAGCGAGGGUGGUGGCGGUGGAGGAUAUUUUUCAAUUGGAGGUGAAGAAGGAGAAAGGAAUUCAGGUGGAAACAGAUGGCCGAGGCAAGAAACUUUAGCUUUACUGAAAAUUAGAUCGGAAAUGGAUGUUGUUUUCAAGGAUUCAAGUCUUAAAGGACCCUUAUGGGAAGAAGUUUCCAGGAAAAUGGCGGACCUGGGUUAUCAUCGAAGUGCCAAGAAAUGUAAAGAGAAAUUCGAGAAUGUGUACAAGUAUCACAGGAGAACCAAAGAAGGCCGUGCUUCUAAAGCAGAUGGAAAAACUUAUCGCUUCUUUGAUCAGUUACAGGCUUUGGAAAACAAUCCGGCUUCUCAUUCUAAUUUACCGCCGCCUCCAUUGGCAGCAACACCGAUAACAAUGGCAAUGCCGAUGCGAUCAGGAAAUGCUUCAGUAAAUCCUCCUAUGCCAACGCCACAAAAUCAUAAUCAUCCUUUUGUUGUUUCACAGAAUACUGUCGUCACAGCAGCAGUAGCAACACCGGCUGUUAGUCAUCUUAUGACUGCACCCGUGCUGCCACAGUCACAACCACAGCCAUCAGUACAGCCGAUAACUAAUAACUUGAACCAGUUGAAUCGCUCUCAAGGUAAUACUACCGCUAGUUUUCUGUCAAAUUCAACUUCAUCUUCUUCGACUUCAUCAGAUGAGGAUAUACAAAGGAGGCACUCGAAAAAGCGGAAAUGGAAGGAAUUCUUUGAGAGUUUGAUGAAGGAUGUGAUUGAAAAGCAGGAGGAGUUGCAGAAGAAGUUUUUGGAAACGCUUGAGAAGCGCGAGAGGGACAGGCUGAUGAGAGAGGAGACAUGGAGAGUACAGGAGAUGGCCAGGUUGAAUCGGGAACACGAUCUUUUAGUCCAAGAAAGAUCAAUGGCAGCAGCAAAAGACGCAACAAUCAUCGCCUUCUUGCAAAAAAUAACGGAACAACAAAACACACCAAUUCCGAACAGUACUAAUAAUACUUCUCCUUCUCCUUCUCCAGCUCAAAUACAAUUAAAAUUGUCCGAAAAGGCAUUGAAUGUGAUACCACAACCACAACCACAAUCAUCACCACCACCAACUAUCGCGGUAUCACUACCAAUGACAAUCCAUACCCCAGUACAAACACCGCCGCAGGCACUGACAUUACCUGUGGUAUCUGCAAAAUCCUUUGAACCUCCUCCAAAAACCGAUAAUGGUGGCGAGAAUUUCUCUCCAGCAAGCUCUUCAAGAUGGCCAAAAGAAGAAAUUGAAGCUUUGAUUAGCCUCCGGACCUGUCUAGAUCUAAAGUACCAAGAAAACGGACCAAAAGGUCCGCUCUGGGAAGAAAUUUCAGCUGGAAUGCGAAAAAUUGGGUACAACAGAAAUGCAAAGAGAUGCAAAGAAAAAUGGGAGAACAUCAACAAGUACUUCAAGAAGGUUAAAGAAAGCAACAAAAAAAGACCAGAAGAUUCCAAAACUUGCCCAUAUUUCCACCAGCUGGAAGCAUUGUACAAGGAAAAAGCCAAGAACGAAGUUGUACCAAAUACAGCUGGGUUCGGAUUAAGACCCGAAAACAACAAUCCAAUCGCUCCUCCUCCCAUCAUGGCUCAACCGGAGCAACAAUGGCCACUUUCUCAAAAUCAUCAACCGCAGCAGCAGCAGCAGCAACAACAACAACAAAAUCGUGAUCAUCAUGAUAAUGAAAGCGACCACAGCAUGGAUCAGAACGAAGACGAAGAUGAUAUUGAUGAUGAUUAUGAUGAUGAAGAUGAAGAUAAUGGCUAUAAGCUAGUAACAAACAAACAACAACCAUCAUCAAUGGCGGCCGCUGCGGUAACAACAACGGUUUCUGCUGCUGCUGAGUUUAAAUAAGCACGAAAAUAAAACUGAUAACAACAUAAGCAGUAGCAUCAAAGUGAUAACAGAAAAAAAAAGUUUUGGUAAGUGACUGUGCAUUGGGAAUGGCAAGUGGGUCAACAGAUUGUGCAGAGAUUUGUCGUAUUCAGAAAUUCUUGUUGGCGAGAGGAGACGGUGACUGCAGUAAAAAAUAUCAUUUGGAAAUUAAUGCAAAGGCAUUUAAGUUUACACAUGUUUUUUUUUUUUUGGUUUGGUAAGAGGGUAUAGUUGUUAUUUUUUUUUUUUUAAUUUUUGUGGUAAAAGUAUAUUUUCACUUUUAUUAUUUAUUUAUUAUUUGAAAUUUGAAAAAAAAUAAAGUUUUAUUGAGGGAUGGGAGGGGUGAGAAUGGAGACAUAUAAAAGAAUAAAUAAAUGCAGGGAUAAUGUAAUUUGUACUCUCUUUUUUUUUCUUUCUAUUUUGUUCAUGGGGGUAUGUAAAUGUGAGAGAAUGGUUACUGCAUUUAUAUGUUUAUUUUCUUUUCUACGAUUUUAAUUUUUUUAUUUGAAUGGUUCAAUCAUGUUAAAAGUUCUUGUUAUAA